AUGAAUCUGCUUUUAUCGCCGCAGCCGCCAGUCUUCCCUCACCAGUACGAAAACCACCGUCUUUCUCCUCAGCGAUCCGUCUCCCCCUUGCCCACCAUGGCAAACCGCAAACGAAAAGCCGACGAAGAUGGCGAUGAGACCAUGUCUCCCAUGUCUUCUCCCGCCGUCGCCUCCAGGACACUCGCCCGCCCCUCCAAGAAGGCCCGAGCAAACGAGCUCAUCGGCCGUCCCUUACCGCUGCCUCGCCUCCUUGAGACCCUCGACACCGAUCAGCUGCGUACCGUCCUGGAACGCAUUUGUGAACGCCACCCAAAUAUCGGCCAAGAGGUCGUCUCUGAAGCGCCUCGGGUUACUGCAGGAGCGGCGCUGAAUGUCCUCCGCGAGUACCAGGAUAAGCUCAAGGCUGCCAUACCGUACGGCGAAUCAAGCCCCGAGUACACAUAUUACCGCAUCAGAGACGCACUGGUCGCCCUUCUCGAGGCGCUGUCAGCAUUCACACCACAGUUUCUGCCACCGGCCGAGAUACAGGUAGCUAAGUCGCUACUGUUUCUGGACGGUGCCACCAAGCUUGUCCACGACUUGCCAGAUUGGGAGGCACAAGCCUAUCGGCAUCACAAGGAGAGCGCGUACGAGGAGCUCUCAAGGGCUUGGGCCCUCGUCAUCAACGAAGCCGGAAAGAGAGGGGGCGGCAUCACCCUAAGCUCCGGUGGCUGGGACCAGAGACUUGCCCGACACAACGAAGAGUCGGGCGGACGGUUGGCGACGGCCGUUGCAGCAAUGGGCGACAACGUUGGCUGGAUGGCCACGAGCCAGUCUGCCAAUCCCGGGGAGCAGAAUUCGAUCCUGAAUCAGUUGAUGUCGGGGGCCUAUGGUUCUCCCGUCCGCGUCGGACCGUGGUAG